CUCGACUCUUCCCGACCCAGCCCUUGACUACCACUCUGCCACUGCCACCACGACCCGACUCCAUCUGCCUCUCUGCACCGCGCACUGUACCCAUAUCACCUUUCGCACGCUUUCGAUACCCCAAACGCAGCUUCAUUCUUCGCUCCAGCGAUCGCAUUCCGGAAACGGCGGAUUCGACUUUUGCCACCGGGCCCUCGACACACCAAACGCACGCUCGGACUCUGUUUUGCCCGUCCCUAUUGCAGCCAACUCAAUCUCCGGCUCAGCUCCUACAACAACAACAACACCACUCCGCACCUCCAUUCAUCCUCAGCAUCACUCGACAACAUGGCUAGCUAUCACUACGGGAUGCCGACCUAUCACCAGACCACCGCCACCCACACACAGAACCACCACGGCCACCACGGUCGCAGUCGUCGGGGGCCGAGAGUGUCAUCGCAGAAUGCGCACCGACAAUACAAGGCACAGCGCAGUCCCAAGGAGGAGGUACCGCAAGUCCAGACAUACAGCGAGUACUUGCGUGUGCUAGAGGCCGCGCGCGGCUUCGAAUUCGACGAUGACGAGGUCUUCUGCCCGUUCAACCUCCUGACCGAGGAUGAUCUGCAAUCAAUUCACUCUUCAUCGGCGUCGGACAGAGGCUCGCUCUCCUCGGGCUCUCCUUCCGGCUCACCGCUGCAGACGCAGGUGCAGCCCACACCCUCGCUGCUGCUGCCUACCCUCCCACAAUCAUACACCCCAGUGAACUACCACCAGGCGCAAUCUAAGCUUCACCAACCCAUGGCGCAGCGCACCCGCAAUGCAAUCCCCAUUGUGGACCCAUCCACGCGCUCUGCGUCGAGUGUCUCGCCAGGCCGACAAGUGCAGCAGCAGUACCAGCGCCGCUGGUAAGCGGUCUGCUGUACUGCCACUGUAAUGCUUCUCCAAGCGUUCUGCGUUGUCGGGCUGGCGAGCCUUUCCGCUCCAACACACGGUGUGCGACCGUGUGCUGGCACAAUACUUUCUCCAAUUCCUCGACUCCAGCGAUACCUUGUACAAACUACUACGGCUACUUAGACUGAAAGCGGAAGCCCGGCUCUUCCCUUUUGCUCCCCAUCUUGGACAACGGCGUUACAGCAGCAAGCAUUACGAAGUACGACUCUCGCAUCAACGGCAACGGCAUCUUCUUCUUCAAUUGGACCAUAUAAAACAAUACUUUUUUGACAUUUGGCGCGCGAAAGCAAAGCGAAACGAUGAAUACACGGAUCUGGAUAUCACGCGGACGGCUGGCUAUUUUCCAAUCAUCGUCAACAAUCUCCUCCCCAACCAAGCAUAUUGUCUCGGGAAACACGUUUGGGUGUUCGGAAUCUCUUCUUCCCCUGUUCAUCUUGAUCUUUGUUUUAAACCUCUUUUUGCUUUGGGACAACUCUGGCAAGGUGUCGUCACCUUUUGCGGUACGGGAAAGCGGUGGGCGAAACUUGAGAAGACUGUCACGAAAAACAGCAAGCGAAGUUUGCGGGAAAAUUAUCCAAUAUACCUCUUUGCAUCAUAUCAUGAAUAAAUCAGCUCUUGUUUAGGAGGCGGAGUAGAACUGGAAAUCUGGUGGUCGUGGGGAAAUACGGCCUAGUUGACAACUAUCACACGCAGAACGGCGAUUUCUGGUGUUGAGUUGUGGCCUGUCUUGCUUGGAUUUGUUUUGCGAAAGCGCGCAUGGUGUUACUGUGAGCGAAACUCCCCGGGAAAGAGAUAUGAGAUAUACCAUCGUUGUUCUACUGUUCACAUGUAUUCAUUUUCUUCUGUCAUCAUUCCAUUGCGAUAUUUGCCAGUUACAUGGUGACGAAUCUCACACAGCUUUCUACGACGACAAAGAGCUGUACGCGAGAUCUACUGCACUUCCUGUUCCG